AUAAUCUUGACAACCCUUAUAAAAGGUCUUUGUCUUAAUAAUGAGAUUCAGAAAGCAUUGUACUUUCAUGAUGAUAUUAUAGCAAAGGGAUUUCAGUUGGACCGUGUUUGUUACGGGACAUUGAUCAAUGGGUUGUGUAAAAUGGGACAUACAACACCUGCCCUCCAACUUUUGAGAAGACUCGAACAAGGAUCAGUCAAGCCUGGUCUGAUAAUGUAUACUACAAUCAUUGAUAGCAUGUGCAAAGAUAAGCUUGUAGAUGAUGCUUGUGAAUUGUUUUCUGAAAUGGUUAUCAAGGGAAUUUCGCCUAAUGUUGUCACUUACAAUGCUCUAGUCUAUGGUUUUUCUAUUUUGAGUCAAUUAAAACAAGUAGUUGUUUUGUUGAAUGAAAUGGUAUCCAAAAACAUCAACCCGAGUGUUUAUACCUUUAAUAUAUUGACAGAUGCGUUUUGUAAGGAGGGAAAGAUGAAAGAAGCUAAAAGUAUGUUAGCUAUGAUGAUGAAACAAGGUAUGAAACCUGAUGUAGUUACUUAUAGUACUUUAAUGGAUGGGUUCUUCCUUCGUAAUGAAGUGAGCAAGGCCAAAUAUAUAUUCAACACUAUGGUCCAAAGGGGAAUCAUGCCCGAUGUUAAGAGCUACAGUGUUAUGAUCAAUGGGUUCUGUAAGAGUAAAAUGGUGGAUGAAGCCAUCAAUCUCUUUGAAGAAAUGCAUUUCAAAAAUAUGUUUCCCAAUAGGGUAACUUACAGCACUCUUAUUGAUGGUUUGUGCAAAUCAGGGAGAAUUUCGUAUGCUUGGGAGCUUGUUGACGAGAUGAGUGACAGAGGUCAACAACCCGAUGUGAUCACUUACAAUUCCUUCUUGCACACUUUGUGCAGAAAGCAGCAUCUUGACAAGGCCAUUUCGUUAGCCAAGAAAAUUCAAGACCAGGGCAUUCAACUUGAUUUGUAUACAUAUAAUGUGCUUAUUGAUGGUCUGUGCAAAGGUGGAAGACUUAAGGAUGCACAACAUGUCUUUAAGGAUCUUGUGAUUAAAGGAUACAAUCUAGAUGUUGUAACGUACACAACUAUGAUUUGUGGACUUUGUAAUGAGGGCUUGUUUGAAGAAGCAUUAGCUUUGUUGUCAAAAAUGGAAGAUAAGGGUUGCUUUCCUAGUGCUGUUACUUUUGAAAAAAUGAUUUGUGCACUCUUCGAAAAUGGUGAGAAUGAUAAAGCAGAGAAACUUCUACGUGAAAUGAUUGUUAGAGGUCUACUAAAAGAGCAAAACUAGGUUGCAAACCAAGACCUGUAUGUGAUGUACCAUGAAAGUGAACAGAUAUCUUGACUUCAUGCAAGAAAGAGGCAUGGUGUACCGUGUACGGCCCUCUGUCUGUCGCGUAGUUAUAAAGAGAGAAACUUGAAUGUUGCAAGAGGCAUGGUGUAAGGCCCUCUAUGGCUCUAUCUCUUAAUUGAAUGCAUUCAUCUUUUCAUAUGAAUUGUGAAUUGAACUAUAAUUUUAGUUUUGCUUAAAAUACAUUUGAAGUGUUUGUAGUCUGUACCUGGUUUUGUUUAUUGUAUCGGAAUAGUUAGUGGAUUUGAGCUGUGUAAGCUGCCGCAGUAUUGUUCACACUUGGUUGCUUGUUUUGAGUGUUUUAGGUGCAAGUACUAUAUGGCUGACCUUGUUUCCCCUGCUUUA